CGAAGGAAAGCCAUGGCGGACUUGGAGCAGCGGCUUCAAGAUGCCCUGGAGCUGGUUCAGGUGCGGGAACUGCAGAUCCAGGGUCUCCAAGCAGAGGUUGCGUGGCUGCGGCGCCAGCUGGGGCAGAAUCCCGCCUCCAGCAGUGGAGCACUAUCCCAGGGAGCAGCACUGCAGCCGAAGCGGGCCAGGAUUUCCCCUUCAGCACUUGCAGCAGCCGCGCCUGUGCCCGAGAGAGAACACCUGGCAUUUUGGGAGCUCUUGCUCGCCAAGGAGCCUGCCUUGGUAGUAUUCCUGGGGCUUCUUUCCACUCCAUGCUUCACAAAGCUGGAAAGUCUGUGUAGGAAGAGCCGGGCAGCGCUGAAGAGACACUGGCCGUUAACGCUUGACUUGUCAGAGAUCGGGGUCGAGGGGAGCAAGUGCUGGUUCCCUUCGGACAACGCCUCAAGCUUCAACAGUUUGCUUGCUCAGCCCAAGUGGAGGCACUCGCAAGUGCUCCGCUUCCCUGCCUCGUGGUACAAUAAGGAGCGGUCCAAGUACGGCAGAAAACAUAUCCUGACCGAGGAGACCAUGAAAGCUGUCAGCCGCAACCUGCCAGAUCUCCAAGAGGUCGACCUACUCCCAUACACUGGCACUGAGUGGACAGGCGUGAAUUCACGCAUCGAACAGUUCCGCAACGAAUUUUCUCGCAUCCGAAACCUUCAGGCCUUGAAGAUGGAGCUGUGGGACAUGCGGCCCAUGAUGAUUUUCAACAGGCUUCCAAAUCUUCGGGUGUUGCAUCUCAGGAUGCCACGGUUUAACAUAGACUUCGAUGGCAGGGGACAGCCGUUUUGGGCGCUGAAGCAACUGCACUCCUUGGAAGAGCUUCGUUUAAUCAAGAGUAGCAGCAAAGUCACCCCCUUUGAUGUCACGAAUGUCUCGCAAAACCAUAUGACUGAAUUGCAGAACAUGCUUCUUCAAUGCCCUUCUCUCCGCGACGUAGACAUCACGGCUUGCAUUGGCUGGCCUCAGCAGAUUCUCCAGUCCUUCGCGGCGCACCCGAAAUUGGAGACGCUGGCUUUCUUUGCUCGUUCAGGAAUGCAUCUAGCUGAAGGACUUGCCCAGCUGAAUUCUUCGAACUCACUGAAGCAUGUCGUCAUUGUGCAGCGGAGAGAUCCGGCACUGCCAACUUUACCUGUGCUCCGUCCCGGGAUCACAUUGGUGGUCAAAGACGUGGAUGGCUGUUGA